ACACUCCUGCCAAAGGCGUCGCCGUGGGAACGAGAAAGACAGAGUGAGCGCGUUUCUAGCGCAGUCAGCACUAAAGUCCCUCACUCCCUUGUUUCGCGGACCGGACGGAGAGUGCGUGCGUGAGCCAUGCGUCUCUGAACUCUAGCGCCAGUAUGCAGAACAUUUCUGAGGAGUGGAGAGAUCCCGCGUCCCGGGAUGGUGAAGGACACGGGGACGGAGCGCAGGGGAAGCCGCGGGCGGACGCGGAGCGGGAGACGCUGAUGAUGGAGCUCACGCGCCUGGUGCAGAAGAGUGUGAGAGAGAGCAGCUGGUGGGAGAGGAGAGGAAUAGACUGCAGCAUCCUCACCGCAGCCUUCAUCAGUUUACCGGCAGGGUUCCUGUUGCUGGGUUCGUCUCAACUGCUGUAUUUCCUGUUGGGUCUGCUGAUAAUGGGCAUUGCUCAUGCUGUCAUCACUGUUAAAGGGACACACCUGGCCAGUCACGGCGCGCUCAGCGAGUCUCCGGCCUGGGCCGACUUCUGGGCCGUCUUCUUCAUCGAAGUGUGCGGCUCGUUCUCAGCGCGGGCCGGCGUUCAGGCUCAUGUGAAGAUGCAUCAUGCUCACACUAAUGUGAUUGGUCUGGGAGACUCCAGCACCUGGAAAAUCCCCUUCCUUCCUCGAUCCGUCUACCUGUUCAUCGCGCCGCUGGCCGUCCCCAUCAUCACGCCCAUCGUCGCCAUCGGUCAGCUGAAGGGUCAGUCUCCGUUCCAGAUUGUGCGUACCGUCCUGUGUGUGUGUCUGGGGUUUUUUUCUCAGUAUUACCUGCUCAGGUGUGUGUCAGGACUCUCGUGCAGCUCCGCUCUGGUGGUCAUGCUUCUGUGCAGAGCCAUGUUCUCCCUGCCGUACAUACACGUCAACAUAUUUCAGCACAUUGGCCUGUCAAUGUUUUCUGCCACUCACCGGCCCAAACGCAUCUACCAAAUGACACACGGAGUCCUGAACCUUCCCCGAAACCCGCUGCUGGACUGGACCUUCGGCCAUUCCCUCAUCAACUGCCACGUAGAGCAUCACCUCUUCCCAUUCCUGUCUGACAACAUGUGCCUGAAGGUGAAGCCUAUAGUGUCUCAGUAUCUGAAGGAGAAGAAGUUGCCGUAUCUGGAGGACGGUUACGUCUCUCGUCUGCGUCUGUUCUUCAACAAAUAUCAGGAGCUGAUGGUGUUUACCCAUAACUCAACACUGAAAUGA